UCAUCAGUAUUAGUACCGAUAUGCCUCAUUGAGUAUGGAGGCAUACAACAAAGAAUGUAAAUUAAACGUAAGCUAUAACUGAAAGAAUUUACCCUAAACAUGUAAAUGUUGAGUAGAAAAAAUGAAAAACAUGAUUUUAAAAUCUUUAACUUUGUUAAAUACCGUUUGGCAACACUCAUCUUUAUGUCUUUCACUGUCAAACGUCUACAAAAGUUUUAAGUUGACGUAUCCUGGAUGGGGUAACCUAAAACUUUUAACCUUCGAAUCGGUCAAUAUUCAAGGUUGAAUUGUCUAAUAUUAAUUUGGCAGAUUUCCGUGAAUGUAAUUCACUUCCGUCACUCGGCAGCGCCUUCAGUAAACUUACACAAUUUAGAAGAAUGUCAGCAGAUAUAGUAACAUUGCUUCAUUUAGAUAAAGUAUUAUCUAGUAAGCUAGUAGUUGUGAAAGAAAUAAAUAGAUGUGACAGUUCAUUUGUUACAAGUUGUGUUUUAAACUACUGCAUCAAGAACAAAGCAGCUGUUGUUUUAGUUUCUACACACAACUCAUUUCAACACUACCAAAAUGUGGGACUCAAAAUAAACUACAACCUACAAAGAUAUGUGGACACCGGACUGGUAGACUUUUUUAAUUUUGGAGAAUAUUGUAUAAAUAGUCUACUAACCAAUAAUAAAUUACCAGAAUUAAUUCCAAAAAUAAAAGAAAAGAUUGAAUUGAUGCGCCAUAAACAUGAUACAGUUAAUGUGAUAUUGGAUGGUGUAACUCAUUUAUUUGAUUUAGAUUACUCUCUAAAAGAAGUUAAUUUGUUUUGUAAUGAGCUAAUUAAGAUUGUUACCUCAUACAACAACUCAUUUGUCCUUUGUCAUUGCAAUGAGGCUAAUGAGGAUGAUGUUUCAUAUUUGAUGGCAAAUUUACUGGCACAUAAAGCUCAUACAGUAUUGGAGGUUGAGAAUCUACCUUCAGGGUGGAGUGCAGAUGUCGCAGGUCACCUCACAAUAACAUAUCCUGGGUUAAAAUUUGACAGUGAUCAUAUGCACAUUAUGGAUAUAAAACCAUCUCGAUAUCUCUUUAAACUAUUUGACAGAGGAGUUAAGUUGUUUGCCCCGGGUACUGUUUAAAAACUGGUUAAUUUUAAGUUAUACUGUUUUGUAAAUAUUGAAAUGAUAUAUGCAUUUGUUUUUAUAAAAUAAAUAGUUUUAUGGUAUGAUUGUUUUUUUAUUUGAAUUGUCAAUCCCCAUAUGUUUAUAUCUACAUAAUGUGCCAUUUUUUGUAUGUAAAUUUUAUUAUCAAGCACACUUGUUAUUACAAACAAGUUAUCUUUCUGAUAAUUAUCUAAUUUUUACCAUUA